AUGGAGUCGCUUUUGAGGAAUCUCGAAAAAUAUGUCACUUGUUCGAUUUGUUUGGAUAAUUUAACCAAACCGAAGACCAUAGCUUGUCUUCACACUUUCUGCUUUAAGUGUUUGGAGGAACAUACACUGAAAACCCAAAGACAAGAACAAUUUCGAUGCCCAGAUUGUCAAGCGGAAGUUAACAUUCCUGAAGGAAAUCGUUUCGAUGAUUUGCCGACUGAUUUUCUGCAAAACAGUUUGUUGAAUCUUCUCACUGUACGACAAAGUGGCGAUGGAAGUCAGAUAAACUGCGCUAUUUGUAAGAAAAAGAGUGCUGAGAUCAGCUACUGCUUCCGUUGCGACAAAUUCCUUUGUCGUGAUUGUGUAAACGCACAUGAAUUGUUUAGAGAAACUGCCUUAAAAGGACACAAAGUCACAGCAGUCAAACAGUUUCAACCUGCAGACUACGAGGCAGUGUUGAAGCGACAAUCCUUUUGCUCUCAGCCUUACCACGACAGAGAGUUAAUGAAGUUUUUCUGUCUUGAAUGUAAAGUUUGUGUUUGUCAAAUCUGCAUAAACACUGAUCACAAGAGUCAUGAUGUUGAUCCGCUUGAAAAAGCAGCGGAUGAAACGAAAGUCAACAUCGUGGCGGCAGCCGAGUUGUUGAAAGAAAAGAGAGAAGUUUGCAACGAUGUGAUUCGGGAAUACGAGGAAACGGCCUUAAAACUGGAUAGUAAUAUCAAGAGUGCUAAAUUUGAAGUCAGCCAAGCAGCAGAACAAAUGGUCGCGAGAAUUCGACAAUGCGAGCGAGAAGCCAUUACCACCCUCGAGAAUACACGCGUGUCGAUCAUGGACAAAUUAAAUUCCCUAACCAAACAAGUACAGUUCUUGGCCAAACAACUCGAACAAGCAGUUGAAUUCGCUGAUAACCUGGUUCAAAGAAGCUCAAGUUCAGAUAUCAUGCAAAGCAAGCAGAAUUUGGAGCAGCGUUUUGAAGAUCUAAAAAAAACCCAGUCCCAUCAGCACUUCCGGUCAGUUCAUUUAUCAAGUUUGUCUCAACUAUUGCACCUGACAGUUUCAGCCUGGGUUUCGUGA